AUGCUGAACCCUGUCAGAGCCUCUCUUUUUCUCCUCUCCCUUGCCUCCCUGGUCUCCUGCGACCUUCUUAGCGAGCAGAAACCUUCCUUCGCCUGGCCGCAGUUGAAGAAUUCAGAGCCGAAAUGGCCGCAGAACCCGAGCCCGUCGGCAGUCUAUAAACAUGUUGAAACGAGUGCGAGGGCUGGAGCGGAAGGAGGAGAGAAGGCGGCGAAGAAAACCUUGCUGGAGGAAGUUUCCAAGUCCACACCCAAAGCUUCCAAGGCACCGGAGGGAAGCAGCAACGCCCCUGGUGUCGUUGAGAAGAAGCUGGCAGCUGUGCAGAGUACCAUACAGCAUGUGCUGAGUGAUGUUGAGCACCUAUCGAAUGAAGUGAAGAAGGAAGAAGCGAAGAAGGAAGAUGUCAAGACAGCAUCGACAAAACCAGCUGCGAAAUCUCAGAGUUCGACCAAACUCAGAGUGAAAGUUGCCGAAGUUGUCAAGAAAGCUGUCAGCGCUACAAAGCAAGUGCAUUCCAAAAUCCCGAUUGCCAGAGUAUUGAGCAAGAAUCAAGUUCUCGUCAAGAUACCCAAGCAAAGGCAAGCUGGAGGAUUGUUCGCAUUUGAAGUGCCGGGCAGGGGCAUGUUUGUCACACACACAACACCAGGGAGCUCUAAGGCUAAAUGGCUCAAAGUAGAUCUAAACGACAAGGAGGCAGAGGCGAGAUCAGCAGUCCCGAAGAAGGCGGCGCUCAAACAGCAUGCGCUGGAGACGCUGGUUGCGUCGAAGAGUUUGACCGGGAGCAAACCUGCGCUGGAAUGGUUCCGAGUCGUGAUUCCUAACAACGUUCAGAACGGAAUUUUCCAGACGAUGGUACAAGGACAUGGUCCCAUUCUUGUAAAGGUCCCUCAUGGAAUGGUUCCGGGGCAAACGGUGGUCAUGAAGUUGCCGGUACGUGCAGUUUCUGCCCCGAGCAGAUCAGCCAAGAUGUCUGUCAAAAGUCCAGCAAAGGCAGAGGAGCUCCAGAGCAAUUCUUCUUCCCAGCAGGACGAGAUUGACUGGAACCAGAAAGGGCCGGAGAAAAAAGGUUUCUUCGAUGCCUUUGAAGCUCCUCGGCCAACGCCUGAGUCCUCUCAUCCUGCUGCAGAGGCUGAUGCCGGUCAAAAGAAGGUUGACUAUGCCUGGCCCAAACCAGGUUACUUGUUCCCUGGUAUGGACAAAGAUUCCUCCAAGAAGAAGAUCGUCUGGCCGGGACAGGAGCCGUCCAAAGAGGUGGAGUGGCCGGAUCAUAUCGGAGAGCCUCCUGCUCCUCUGCUCGAGACGCCGUCGAAGAAGCUUCAGCCGGACUGGUUCAAGCCGUUUGCCAGCCCGGCACAAGGCAGUCGAGAGAGCCCCACAAACAAGAAGGAGGAAUUUAGCUUCGCUUUCUCCAACCCUCUCGCGUCGGAGCCGGGGCCAGCAGAGCAGCAGCAUGAGGCCAGAGGGGAAAGUCGACCCGCUGGGAGAUCAGAGGGGGCAGCAGGGGCCGAGAGCAACGGUUUGCUGAUCCCAGUCGUUAUCAACUGGUCGAUGAUAACGGCAGGGACUGCAAUGGAAUUCGAGAUACAACAGGUUUGA